UUCCAACUUACAUAUUAUUGACUGUUUUUUUUCUGCAUUCACUGAGAACACAGAUACAGUACUAUGAAAAUAGAGCAUACACCAGAUAUGCUGUUAAUUACAUAUUGUAGUUAAUUCCAAAGUGUAAAUUGCAAAGAUCUGAACAAUCCGAAAAACAUCCCAGGGAUCUCUUUUUAUGUGCAUCUCGCAUUUGAGACUCAUAAAAAUUAGCAGGGAUGCAUGAAGCAUAUGGACUCGUGGAUUAAGACCUGCAAUGAGUGUGUGUUUUAGUGAAGAACUUCCACACCGAGCGAAUCAGUAGUAUGAAUCCUUGGUGCCAGCCAACCAGGAAGAAUGCGAUGGCUUGUUGUUCCACAGAAUGGAUACAGGAGAUAAAAUUUAAUUGUUGUGUUAUCCACUGCACCACCCACGACACAGAAAGCUGCUGGCAGAACAGUGUUGGCUCCAUAGAAGCACACAAGUGGGAAAAAGGAAACGUUCAUUGUUUAUGACAUUCUCUAGCCUGUGAGCUAACAAGCUAGCCCACUAAGGGCUGUAGCUAAAAACUGGUGAAACAGCAGCCGGUUGUUGGUGUGUAAUUGCAUCGGAGACACUGGGGAUGGUGGAGGAGAUGCCAGGAUAGGUGGACGAAUCCUCUUCAUCUGACAACAGUGAUGUUGAAAAAAAAUCCCCAAACACCGUGUGGCUGGCCCAGAACUGAUAAAGAGUCCUUAGAAUUUACCCAAUUUCAACAUGUACGCCAGUUGCACAUGAUUCAAAUGUGUUAAAAUGACAAUUUACCUGGUCUCCAUCAAAAAAGCACAUUUUAAGAAUGUGCAGCCAAUGUACAUGUUCAAAUUAAGUAAAUUCAAAGGACUCAUUUAUCCAUCCAUCCAUUUUCUUCGCCGCUUAUCCUCACGACAGUUGCGAGGAGAGCUGGACCCUAUCCCUGCUCUCAACGGGCAGGAGGCGGAGUACACCCUGAACUGGUUGCCAGCCAAUCACAGGGCACAUUCAGACAAAUAGCUUCACUCACAAUCACACCAAGGGGCAAUUUAGAGUGUCCAAUUAAUGUUGCAUGUUUUUGGGAUGUGGGAGGAAACCGGAGUGCCCGGAGAAAACCCACACAGACACGGGGAGAACAUGCAAACUCCACACAGGCAGGGCCGGGAUUGUAUUAAAAUAACACAAUGAGUAAUCAAACCGGUCAAAGUUUUUGAUUAUCCUCUUUGGUAUGCUAAUGUGCUUCCAUUUGAAUUCAAUAGAUUUAUUACAAAUACCAUACACACAUUAGGAAGUGAAGAAAUGGCUGCAAGCAGGUUGGAACAGUUGGCAGAAGGUGUCUGGUGUGUUAUGUGACAGAAGAGUUCCUGAUAGGAUGAAGGGCAAAACAGUGUUGAGGCCAGCCAUGAUGUACGGAUUAGAGACGGUGGCACUGAAGAAACAACAAGAAGCAGAAGUGGAGGUGGCAGAAAUUAAGGUGCUGAGGUUCUCGCUUGGAGUGAACAGGUUGGAUAGGAUUAGAAAUGAUCUUAUUAGAGGGAGAGCCAAAGUUGGAUGUUUUGGAGACAAGGUUCGAGAGAGCAGACUUUGAUGGUUUGGGCAUGUUCAGAGGCGAGAGAGUGAGUAUAUUGGUAGAAAGAUGGUGAGGAUGGAGCUGCCAGGCAAAAGAGCGGGAGGAAGACCAAAGAAAUGGUUGAUGGAUGCUGUGAGGGAAGACAUGAGGACUGUGGGUGUUUGAGAGGAAGAUGCACGAGAUAGGCUUAGAUGGAAAAGGAUGACACGCUGUGCCGACCCCUAACAGGACAAGCCGAAAGAAAAAGAAGUCCCUAUAUACAUUUAGGCAUGAAACUUUAUCUCAUAGGGCUGAUUGUAGCUUACUGUAUGAACACAUUUGUUCUGAGUGAUAUAAUAUGGUAUUUACCUUGUGGCGUUAUCAGAGUCAGCCACAUGUGCUUCCAACACUGAGAGAGCAGUGUCACCCAUGAUAGUAGCAACUCUCUCCUCGAAUGGGGUGAGGCCCUCUGCCUGUUUUGGCCACACUUUAGCAGUGGGCAGCUGUCCUUUUUCACAUUCACCUUAAUGGAUGACCAUUUCUUUUUUAGUUCAGCGGGUGUGCGUAAGUAGUGACAGCCGCACACACCCUGUCCCAUUUGCUCCUCUUUCGGAUGGCACGCCGGAGGACAGCGUGUCAAGGAGGAUUUUCUUGCACACAUCCAUUUCAUUGAGUAACUUCGCACUUCCCCCAUUUUUUUUCUUCAUGACUUGGCAUAUUUUCCUUUUUUUCUGAUAAUGCAGGGAUCUGGAUCUCAGGUGCACGGUUCAUUUAAAUGUGAUUUUGCAUAUUUAAAUGGGGGUGGAUAGGCAGGGGUCCGCUAUCCCAACAUGUGGACUAAAUUCUAUGUUUAUUGGGAUCUACAGAGGAAAUGUAGACUGGAUAAUUGGACCUAGAUAGCACUGAAAGUAUUGUAUAAAUUGUAGAAAUAAAAAUCUGCCAUCUUGUGGGAUCAAGACGGGGAGCUGCACAGAAUGGAAAACAACUCCUUGGAUUGCAAACCACAAGUAAAUUUCAAAUCUGUGCCUCCAUGUCCUAAGUGGAGAAUUCUUAAAUUCACAUUGGUCAGGAAAGUCCAUAUUCUUGCCUACAAACAUUUCUAGUGAGACAAUUUCAAGAACAAAUGUAAAUUUCAGUUUAAAUUUUGCAUUCCUUGUAUCAAACACCAGGGGACACUAAUAUUACAAAUAUCACAUCAAAAGGAGGCCAAGGACAUGAAUAAGCACAUACAAUUAUGCCAAGUAGAUGAGUAGAUUUUACAAUAAAACAUCUUACAGCACAGCAACAAACAAAAAUGUCAGAAAAAGUAGAUACAUCAAUUAUUGUAUAUACUUACUGCUUUCUCAUAGAAUAUACAUUAAUUUGUUCUGUCUGUCACUAUGCCUCACUAGCCUAAAUAGAGGAAGAAAGAUACAUUCCUCCAACCAAUCCAUUUUCUUAGACGCUUAUCCUCACAAGGUUCACAGGAGUGAUACAUUAUUGGUUGUAAAUGUAUUUUUUUGAUUAAUUGACCCCUCCAUACAGGGCACUUAACCACGCCUCCUGAAGUGACGUCACGCCACGUGCGCUGACGUAAGACAAACAGUAAAAAUGGCAAAUACAAUACAAUACAUUCUGAACUGAGACAGACUCCAUGCUUCUGAUUUCAUUCAAAUCAACGAUAUAUUAUAGAUUCUAAAUUCAAUACAUUCUUAACUGAGAGAGACGCCAUGCUUCUGAUUUCAUUCAAUCAUUCACACGUAGCAAUGUUAUGCUAGGGGAGAACGUCUCAUUCAUUUAUACGAGACGUGAAUUAAAAAUCAAAUUUAGGGCAUAUCUUCUUGCAAACACAGUCUGGUUAAGCUUCGGCCGCGAGCCAGCAAGAAAGCGACACGUUUGUGCAGUCCGAUCGUCGCUAAAUAUCGCUCAACAAAGAAUAUGUGUGUCAAUCGUUCACACGUAGCGGUGUUAUGCUAGCGGAGAACGUCUCAUUCAUUUAUACGAGACGUGUAUUAAAAAUCUAAUUUAGGGCAUAUCUUUGUGCAAACAAAGUCUGGUUAAGCUUCGGCCGCGAGCCAGCAACAAAUCAAUAUGUUUGUGCAGUCCGAUCAUCGAUAAAUAUCGCUCAACAAAGAAUAAGUGUGUCAAUCGUUCACACGUAGCGGUGUUAUGCUAGCGGAGAACGUCUCAUUCAUUUAUACGAGAUGUGUAUUAAAAAUCAAAUUUAGGGCAUAUCUUCGUGCAAACACAGUCUGGUUAACUUUCGUCCGUGAGCCAGCAAGAAAGCGACACGUUUGUGCAGUCCGAUCAUCGCUCAACAAAGAAUAAGUGUGUCAAUCGUUCACACGUAGCGGUGUUAUGCUAGCGGAGAACGUCUCAUUCAUUUAUACGAGACGUGUAUUAAAAAUCAAAUUUAGGGCAUAUCUUCGUGCAAACACAGUCUGGUUAAGCUUCGGACACGAGCCAGCAAGAAAUCAAUACGUUUGUGCAGUCCGAUCAUCGCUAAAUAUCGCUCAACAAAGAAUUAGUGUGUCAAUCGUUCACACGCAGCAGUGUUAUGCUAGAGACAUGUAUUGAAAAUCAAAUAUAGGGCAUACCUUCGCGCAACCAUAUGUGUUCCAGUUGAUAUUAGAGGGAUUUAGUUGAUGAUGGGGUCUUCCACAAAGUUUGAUCCAUCGAAGACAUUUUUCGUACUGGGUCUUCGGUUUUGGAAAGGGUACGAAUCGAACUCCACCAACUAGCCUGUCGUCACUAUUACAAAGUCAGUGACUACACCUCUUAACCAUAUUUUUUGUGAAAUAACCCAAAUGCGUGAUAAAACGCUAACUAAACCUAUACUGGACCAUGCAAUGUUGUCUGAGAAAAUGGCGGGAGCAAAAACGGGCUUUGGUUUAUGCAGAUCUCUGGCCUCUGAUUGGUCAGUGGCGCAGAUUGCGCAAAAUCCACGGAGGGGUCAAUUAAGGAAACAAGUAUAUACAAUCAUUGAACAGGUCAUUUUUGUGAUCGGAUCGGUGAUCGGUUAUCGUAUAUUUUAAGAUCGGUUAUUGGCUCCAAAAAUCCUGAUCGUGUAAAGCAGGGGUGCCCACACUUUUUUACCCCAAGAUCUACUUUUCAAGCAGCCAGGCUCUUGUAAGCUACCGAUGAAGGGGGGGAAGAUGAUGAUGCUCCCAAACCGUUUUAAGGUUCAUGUUAUCUUGCCGCCUAUAUUUAAAAUACAGAAUUAGCUUUUUGUGCACUGUAUUGUCUGUGCUUUCAUCCUGGAUCAGGCUGUGCCAAGGUGGAAUUUGAAAAUUACACACCAUCUCAUCAUACACUUCUACUUUGGCUUGAGACCAGACCUUUUCCACUCGGAAAAGAGAAAAUCUCGUCCAGUUUAACCACUUUUUCUUCGAUUAUUCACAUACUACGACAGUCAUUACAUCUUAAAACAACAGCAUUUCUUUUUUUAACUUUCUCCAUUAAUAUCGAAAGUAAACAUAAGCAGCAUGUGUAGCUAAUCUUUGCUGUAUGUUGCCCAGACUGUGUUGCGAACUAAAGCAGCGGUGGUGGACGCUGUCUUUAUAAAACACAUUGAUGGGCUGCGUAAGUACUGUAACAUUUGUAAUUAUGAGUGUACGUCUUUAAGAGCGGGAAGGUGGGGUAAGGUAAACAAGGAAAAAGAGAUUAUGGCGGGGCAGCAGUCGUUGUUAGAGAAAGUUUAUUUGUGUGCUGCCUAAAAGAAACCCGUGGCUUCUCAUUUUUUUACAGUACGUAUGUCACUCGUGUCAUUGGAUGAAGCAACCAGUCAUCCCUCACUCAUUGAAUCACAUUGCAAAAUGCCUUAAACGGAAUAGCUGUAUGUUAUACUUUCAAUUUGCAUUGGAUUUUUUUUUUUGCGUACGAAACGCAGAAUAUCUGCAAAGAGACUGCAUCAGCAGUGCACAAUUGCACACGCGCACAGUUUAGAAGGGAACAUUGGCUGACGUCUUUUUUUUUGUUUUUGGGCACGCCGUCCCGCGAUCAACCAAGACUGCCAGGCGAUCGACUGGUCGAUGCAUUAAGCAGCCCUGGUGUAAAGCCUACUAGUUUCGUCCCAGAUCCCAAAAACAUGCGUGUGGAAGAAAACUAGAGUACCUGGAGAAAACCCACACUGGCACGAGGCAAACAUCCAAACUCCGUAACUGCUAGUCAGGAUUUUAACCUGGGUCCUCAAAAGUGUGAGGCAGAUGUUUAAACCAUUCAGAAAGCCUACUGUGGCCUCUGCAGUGAAAGGAUAUGGGGGCUUGGCGGGCAAGGCUACAAGUGUAUCAAGUGCAAGCUGCUGGUCCAUAAGCGCUGUCACAGACUCAUCCCCCAGACCUGCCAAAGGCUUAUGGAUCCAGCCAUGCCAUCACAGGAGCCCCCUUCAGAUGUAAAGAGUGAAGAAGUGGACCUUCCACUAGAUGAUGAAGAAGAUCGAGAUGGAAGACCGUAUUUACCACACAACUGUACAGUGGACAAAAUAGAAGGCACAGAUGUGGAGGACAUCAAAUCUGUGGUGGAUGGAAUCGAUGGUAUCAAGCUGUCCCAAGGCUUUGUUCUGGGGUUAGCAGACUUCGACCUGAUCCGAGUUAUUGGUCGCGGCAGUUAUGCUAAGGUGCUGCUGGUCCGUUUAAAGAAGAACGACCAGGUUUAUGCCAUGAAGGUGGUGAAGAAGGAGCUGGUUCAUGAUGAUGAGGAUAUUGACUGGGUGCAGACAGAGAAGCAUGUGUUUGAGCAAGCCUCCACAAAUCCGUUCUUAGUGGGCCUCCACUCCUGUUUCCAGACGGAUAGUCGGUUAUUUCUUGUGAUUGAAUAUGUGAAUGGUGGGGACUUGAUGUUUCAUAUGCAACGGCAAAGAAAGCUCCCUGAAGAGCAUGCACGAUUUUAUGCUUCUGAAAUCUGCAUUGCUCUUAACUUCCUGCAUGAGAAAGGGAUCAUCUACCGAGACCUUAAGCUGGACAAUGUUCUUUUAGACCAUGAUGGACACAUCAAGCUCACAGACUAUGGCAUGUGUAAGGAGGGGAUCAGACCAGGUGACACAACCAGUACUUUCUGUGGAACACCCAACUACAUUGCACCAGAAAUCCUCAGAGGAGAAGACUAUGGCUUCAGUGUAGACUGGUGGGCUCUAGGCGUGCUAAUGUUUGAAAUGAUGGCUGGGAGGUCCCCGUUUGACAUCAUCACCGACAAUCCUGACAUGAACACCGAGGAGUACCUCUUUCAAGUUAUUCUUGAGAAGCCCAUUCGCAUCCCAAGGUCUCUGUCAGUGAAAGCUGCCGGCGUGCUCAAAGGUUUUCUGAACAAGGAUCCCAAGGAGCGGCUGGGUUGCCAGGUCCAGACAGGCUUCACGGAUAUCAAGUCCCACACAUUUUUCCGAAGUAUAGACUGGGAGCAGCUGGAGAAGAAGGAGAUGACGCCACCCUUCAAACCUCAAACCUCAGACGACUAUGGCCUUGAAAACUUUGACACGCAAUUUACUAAUGAGCCCGUGCAGCUCACACCGGAUGAUGAGAGCGUCAUCAAGAGAAUAGACCAGUCGGAGUUUGAGGGAUUUGAAUACAUCAACCCCCUGCUGCUGUCCACCGAGGAGUCUGUAUGAAAGGAGACCAGGUGGAUCCUACCCUCUCGGCUCCUCCUGCAGUUUUUCCAAGCCGCAAGACAUCUCGAGGACUACGGGACCAACGCUACUCUCGGGACCUCCUCAGCUAAGCAAACACUGAUACAGGAAAUGUUCCUUCCUGCACUACUGGGAUAGCAGAUUCCCGACUCUCUUGGUAUCUGAAAGAACAAUUCACUUGAAGGACAUUCCCUCUGGAUAUUUUUCUUUUUCUUCUUUGUUCCUUCCGUUUGAUUCCUCUAAAGCCACAGAAUGUCCGUUGCGGCGUCCAGUUUUCGGAGAGCUGACACCUUUUAUUCCAUCGCACAUGUCUGGAUGCGCCACAGCUUCUGUGAAGGACUUGAACAUUUUACAUACACUUUCCGGGCAAUUUGUUGAUGUUUUUUUUUUGUUGUUGUUGUUUUGUUUUUAAAUCUCAAUAGGCGGGAGGGUCGGGGAGUGGGGCUCAUUUAAAAUAAGAAUGUAUAAUGAUGAAUGAAAGUUUAAGUUAUUGUGUACGAUCAAUCCAAAUUUGAUGAUGCCUUUUUCAUUGAUGCAAGUGGCCCUUUUUCCUCCUUGACAACAAAAUACUAUUUCUUCAGUUUAGCUUUUUUUAAAUUUUUGUUGAAAAAGUGCCUCACAGAAUCAAACAAAUUCCCCCCCAACCCCCCGUCUCUGAUUGGACUUUUCUCCCUGUCAAAACUAGUUUGUGCCCACCCGCCCAAAAUAGAACCGAAUACAAUAGCGCGUACCGUGCCAGGUGCUUUUUGGAGCGCGGCAGACUGAGGGAAUUGUUUUGCUUUUCAAUGAAUGAAUUCCAAAGCACAGGAGCAGCGUUGCCAAACCCGACGUCGGAAAUGUCUUCAAAACUGGAGCCGCCCGCCGGUAGGUUGCUUGGUUUGCACAUUUCAUCGCAGGGUUAGGCGAGCGUGAGAAUCCGAGCGACGGGAUUUUGCCAAGGCCGCGUCGUUCACGCCGGCGGCGCUCGACUGCUGUCGGCCGGCGGUCCGUUCACAAAACGUUAACCUGCUUUACAGAAAUGAAGAAGAUAAAGAAAAUGUAUUCUUUAAAAAAUGAAACAUGUUUUACAUUUGUUUUCAUGUAUUCUACACAAUACAUGAUUGUAAAAUAUACAUACAGGGAGUCCUCGGGUUAAGACGGUCUCGACCUAAGACGUUUCGACUUUACAAUGCCCGUCCGCCAUUUUGUCUGGCUAAUGCUUGUCCGUGUUUGUGCGCCGGGAGUAUCUUCGCAUUUUCCUCCCUCCUUUUUGGACUUGAUCACCCCAAAGAAGAAAGCUGUGUCUUUCAGCAAAGCUUCUGCAGCCAAAAGAAAAUCCAUGACCGUGGAAUUGAGGCUCAAGGUCAUAAAAAGAUUGGAGAAAGGAGAGACGCCAACACCACCAAGGCGUCAGUCGGUCGACCGGAGUGACAAUUAUUUAAGACAAAGCCCGUAUUUUAGCGCACGUGAAGGCUUCCGGUCCUGUGUCAGAUACAAUGAUCACAAAACACGGUUCCUUGGUACUUGUCGAGAUGGAGAGGGUUGAGGACCAAGUUCCCUCGCAAUAGCUAAUUAGGCACAGCCUCCCCUUCUUCUUCUCCAUCCACUUCUCAGUAGUAAGGCUAAGUACAUCUCGUUUAUUUCCAUGUAUUUAUUUUUAUACAAAGUAUUUUGACGUAAAUUCUGACUUUAAUGGUGGAAGUCAAGUCGAAAUUCGCGUUAAAGUCGCUACUGUAGGAACGGAUCUCAGUCGUAGACCGAGGACUCCCCGUGGUUAUGUAUUGUAACAUAACAGGGUCACCCUUGUAAUCAUCGCUGAGGAUUUCUGGGUUAAACAAUUUUAAAUAAAAUGACAACAAGUUCAAAGGGCAAUUAAGAGCACACUAAGAAUGUGAACAUGGCAUUUAUAAACAAACCGAGCGUGCCGCGGGAUCACAUUUCUGUAUGCCGCUGGGCAAACUGGUUGAUUCCCCACUAUUCGGCACCGUCGUAAACCGAGGACACCGUCAUUUUUUAUUUUUAUUGGCUCUCCGCGACCCACUCAAACACCCAAAUUCAAUCUGCGACCCAUAUUUGGGUACCGACCAGCACUGACAUUCUGGCGAACUAUCAUUUAAAGUCAGCAAAGGCCUGGCUGUGGAAUGUCUCAACUACAAGAUUAUCUUGUUGUCUGAGGGGUGUUCAGAGUGAUUUUUUUCCUGCUGGUAAACGGUUGGGGCCGGCAGUCAUAAAUGUUACACUCGUUCAAUAUUACCCAUCUCAAAUCCUCGUGUGCGCUCAACACCGAAGUCGGGCUGAGCCACCGGGCUGGAUCUGAUCGGUCAGUAUUGGUGCUACGCCAGACGCCGGAUUUGGGGGAGGAAACGUUCAACGGUUGACUGAGCUAUCGUCAUGUGUGAUGUGCGCCGUGGUGUAUUGGUCAUCUCAAGUACGCCGCACGAUAUCAGCGCAGAAACUGUACACUUGCCAAUUUGGUGUUGUCAUGUUAGAGUUGCAGAGGGGGUUAUGUUCAAAAUUCACGCGUUUCCCACUUAAGUGCCCUCCAUUUAUCGAACAUCACGUCGAAAACAUUCAGCAGCACAAAUAUGCAAAGAUCGUUUGUGUGUACAAGAGUAUUGUUUAGUAACAAUGUUUCGAAUAUUCACCGCUUUGUAAUUGUGCUCAUUAGGCAGACUUAAAUAUACAGUAAAUCCACAUUUGUCCAGAUUUAGUUCAUGGUGUCAAGCUCCAUCAGAACAAAUUAACACGUUUAUUUAAAAUGAAUAAAAAAAAUUCCCUUGUUGACCACUUUGAUCAAAUACCAGCGUAUUUGCUCACGUUAUCAUAAUGUAGACGUUGGACAUAAUUCAUACUGGGUUUCUUGUCGAUUUGAGACAUUAUUUUACAUAGCAACCAAUUCCAGGCCAUCCAUUUAAAAGCUUGAAAGCAACAUUUAAAAAUGCUGUUUAAGAAAGCAAAACAUUAAAACACUCCAUUUCUAAAGGGGGAAAGUUUUCACUUUUACAAAUGCUAGCAAGAUUUGAAUGUAGCCUCCCGUCAAUAAUCCCCCCCGGGGGACUCUGACCAAAGACGCCCCCCACUGAUGCAUAACAUGCACUGUAAACAAGCCGAUAGCUACGGAUACUUUGGUCACAUGACUUGUCUGUAACAGAGUUAACGGAACCCGAAAUAUUAGCGCUUAUCGGUACGAUCAAUCAAAAAUCUAAAAGAGGUGAUUAUACUUACUUGUUGAGCAGAAAUGUUUCAAAUUCCUCAUCCAUUUUGAAUCCUCACCGGCCUGAGGUCCCUUGUUCUGCUGGAUAAGACGCUAGUCUUAUGACUACUUGUUACAAAACAAGGAAUGUUUUUUUUUUUUGGUUUCU